AUGGGUUUAGUCAAGGUUGUCAAAAAUCGCGCUUACUUCAAGCGCUACCAGACCAAGUUGAGACGCCGACGUGAGGGAAAGACCGACUACUAUGCCCGCAAACGUCUUACUGUUCAGGAAAAGAACAAGUAUAACACUCCAAAGUACCGUCUGAUUGUCCGUUUCACCAACAAGGACAUCAUCGCUCAGGUAAGAGAAGUUAAAUAUCGUUUUUUGAAGUUUAGAUGGCUGUCCUCAGAUUUUGUUAAUUUUCUAUGCUUGCGGUACGUAUUGUCUUAUUAAACCUACCAGAUCAACGGACGAUGAUCUGGAAAUUAAACCUAUAGUUUAAGGGACAAAUCAUACUUCAUUUUUACAUCUUUUUACUCUUAGAAUGUUCUUUUAACUAUUUUAUUGUAGAAGUAAUUUUUUAGGUAGCUUACUCGAAGAUUGGAGGAGACGUUGUUGUCACUUCUGCUUAUGCUCAUGAACUUCCACGUUACGGAGUUAAACUGGGUCUUACCAAUUAUGCCGCCGCUUAUGCUACUGGACUUCUGUUGGCUCGUCGUCACUUGAAAUCGGUUAAGCUUGAUGGUUUGUACAAGGGAACCGAAGAAGUCAACGGUGAAGACUACAAUGUCGAACAAGAAGGUGAUAACCCAAAUCCCUUCCAAGCCGUUCUUGAUGUUGGUCUUGCUCGUACCACUACUGGAGCUAAGGUCUUCGCCGUCAUGAAGGGUGUUGCUGACGGAGGCAUCAAUGUUCCACACAGGUAAGGUUUUUUUAAAUUUCCUGAAUAAGUGUAGCUUUAUGUUUGUCUUUAUUUUUUUUAAACUACUUUUUAUUGGUUUUGUUUUUAGCGAGUCUCGUUUCUUCGGAUACGAUCCGGAAUCCAAAGAAUACAAUGCUGAAGCUCAUCGUGACAGAAUUUUCGGCAAGCACGUCGCUGACUACAUGAAGCACUUGAAGGAUGAAGAUGAGGAGGCUUACAACCGUCAGUUCUCCAAAUUCGUGAAGUUGGGCAUCACUGGUGACUCGCUGGAGGGUGUGUACAAGAAGGCUCACGACGCCAUCCGUGCCAAUCCUGACCCAGAACCAAAGAAGGAGAAGAAGGUUGAAAAGAAGAGAUGGACUGCUAAGAAGCUCACACACGAGCAAAGAAAGGCACGUGUGUCUACAAAGAAGGCUUAUUUGUUGCACUUGAAAAACCUUCAAGAACAACAGUAAAUGUUGUUGAACUUUUUUGUUUAUUCAAAUAAAUGUUUUGUUGUUUUUGAUAAACGAUACAUUAUAAACUGUUUAUUUUGAAUUAUAUUAUAUUAAAACGCUAUAAUUUCAAAUAAAAACGCCGUUUUAAAUCUCGGUCAUAACAUGAGAAUUUUGUAUUAUAUUAUCUGGAUAGGUAUUAGGUUUAAACAUAAUCAUCUUGGUUAAGGUAAUGUGUGUGACCGUUACAACGUAAAUUCCGCAGUAAUUUUUACCUAAUCUGAACAUGACCGUCUCAAUUUUUUAUAAUUUGAAGUAUUAUAUGCAUUGUGAGGUUACGCAUUUUGAUAGUUUGUAGGUCCUGCAACGAAAACUAACGAAGCCAAAGUUACGGUACUUGAAAAGAAAGAGGGUUUUCUUUGCUGUUCUGUUAUAUUUUUCGUUUUUUGGGGAUUUCGUUUAGCGUGUUUUACUAUUUGUGGUUAUUUGAUCUUAUAUUUGAGUAUCUUACAGGGUUCAACAUGUCUCAUCGUAAGUUCUCGGCACCUCGCCACGGUUCUAUGGGUUUUACACCCAAAAAACGUUCAAGCCGUUUCCGUGGUAAGGUAAAGGCUUUCCCAAAGGAUGACCCUUCCAAACCAAUUCACCUUACCGCUUUCUUGGGCUACAAGGCCGGUAUGACCCACAUCGUUCGUGAUGUUGACAAGCCAGGAUCUAAGGUUCACAAGAAGGAAGUUGUCGAGGCUGUUACUGUCAUUGAAACCCCACCUCUUGUUAUUGUCGGAGUGGUUGGAUAUAUCGAAACCCCUCGUGGCAUGAGAGCUCUGAAGACUGUCUUUGCCGAACAUCUCAGCGAAGAUUGCAAACGUCGUUUCUACAAGAAUUGGUAUGUGCUGUCUUUUUUUUUUGCUUUUAGAGGGAACUGCUUACAUUCGAAAUUUAUUAAAUUCAGUAAAAGCUACACGAGGGUGUUUUGUAUCAAAUUUCAUUUGUAGUUUCUUUUGGGAUAGGGUUGAUUAACGUUUAGAUAUAAUAUGAUCUCUGAAGGGCUAUCAAUAACUCCGCUAAGUGUUACGCUUAUGAGUGUUGUCGCACCAGCAAAGAUGGCCCUCCGCUGUCAUUAAUGACAUGAGGGUUUUAAAUUAAACAUCUUUGCAGGUACAAGUCCAAGAAACGCGCUUUUGCGAAAUUCGCCAAGAAAUGGCAAGACCCAGAAGGCCAGAAGAGCAUCGAAGCCGAUCUCGCUAAGAUCAAGAAGUACUGUUCGGUCGUUCGUGUCAUCGCGCACACUCAGGUAUGUUGAUUUAGUAAUAUUAUUUUUUAUAUUUAGAUUUAUCUUACUUAUAGUUUAACGUAUUUUUCGUGUUACAGGUCAAAAUUUUGAAACACCGCAACAAGAAAGCCCAAAUUAUGGAAAUUCAAAUCAAUGGUGGAUCUAUCCCCGAAAAGGUCGACUGGGCCCGCGAGCAUUUUGAAAAGCAAAUUCCAGUUGAACAAGUCUUCAACCCAGAUGAGAUGAUUGACUGCAUUGGUGUCACUAAGGGUCACGGUUACAAGGGAGUUACCAGCAGAUGGCACACCAAGAAGUUGCCCCGUAAGACUCACAAGGGUCUGCGCAAGGUUGCUUGUAUCGGAGCUUGGCAUCCUUCUCGUGUUCAGUACACAGUUGCCCGUGCUGGUCAAAAAGGUUUCCACCAUCGUACGGAACUCAACAAGAAGAUCUACAGAAUUGGAAAGUCUUCUCUUACUGCCGAAGGAAAGAAGAACGGUUCUACUGAAUUUGAUAUCACCGCUAAGGAUAUUAACCCUAUGGUAAGAAAUUUACUUUUUUAUGUUAGUUUUUCGUAAAUAUUGCCAAAAACUAUUAUCUUGUGGACUUUUAUUCAUUGAGUUUGUUUUUAGGGUGGUUUCCCUCACUACGGUAUGGUCAAACAGGACUUCUUGAUGAUCCGUGGUUGCUGUAUUGGAUCCAAGAAACGUCCGAUCACUUUGAGAAAGAGUUUGUAUGUGUCUAAGAAGAGAACCGCUACUGAAAAGAUUUCACUCAAAUGGAUCGAUACCAGUUCCAAAUACGGACAUGGUCGCUUCCAGACUAGUGCGGAAAAGAAGGCUUUCAUGGGAAAACUUAAGAAAGAUUUUAUUGCUGAAGCCUAA